GCCAUGCUCGACCGGUUUCUGUAUGACAGGACAAACGUGCCGGAUCGCCUGGUGGCGCGAUCGUACAAUGCGACGACUCCAGGCCCGGGGUAUCAGGGCGAUGCAGCUGAGCUGGAGCGGUACAUGUCGCAAAGCUCCGCUGGUGUACCUGGUAAUAUCGGGUCAACAGCCAGGCGGGCGUGA